AAAGAGCGGCCUGGGCCAUGGCGGCGCCCGACGCGCUGCUGGUGAUGGGCGUGAGCGGCUCGGGGAAAUCGACGGUGGGCGCCCAGCUGGCAUCCAAGCUGGGAUGGAAAUUCUAUGACGCGGAUGACUACCACCCGGAGGAAAAUCGAGUGAAGAUGGGAAGAGGGAUUCCGCUGAAUGACCAGGACAGGAUUCCAUGGCUGUGCAACUUGCAUGACAUUUUAUUAAGAGAUGUAGCCUCAGGACACUGUGUGGUUCUAGCCUGUUCAGCCCUGAAGAAAAUGUACCGAGACAUCUUAAUACGAGGAAAAGCUGGUGCAGCUCCGAAGUGUGAGGAGUUGGGAAAGGAGGAAAAACCAAGUGAAGUCCAGCUCCUGGUGGUCCAUCUCAGUGGGUCAUUUGAGCUCAUCUCUGGGCGCCUACUCAAAAGAAAAGGACAUUUUAUGCCCUCUCAGUUACUGCAGUCCCAGUUUGACACUCUAGAGCCCCCAGUAGCUCCAGAAAACUUCAUCCAAGUAAGUGUGGACAAAAAUCUCUCGGAGAUAAUUGCUACAAUUAUGGAAACUCUAAAAAUGAAAUGAAAAUUGUUUAUCAGUGGUCCAAAGAGAAUUAGGCAUCCAUUGCUAUCGUAUCUCAGAACUUGUUCCAGGCUCCUGACCCCUGUUGUAUUCUAAAUUCUUAAGGUGAACUAUAGAGUGUCAAGAUAGGCUUCUCUGGAUGCAUUUUUAGGAAUCACAUGCUGAUCCUGGGAAUCACAUCCAGAGAAGAGAGGAAACUUUAAAAGUCAAGUUUAAAUUGAAGUUGAAAUUCACACAAUCAAAUGAUCAGAAGAAAUUCUGUAAUCAAUGACGGAAAUCACAUUUAGAACUUUCUUGCUUCCCCCCUUUAUUUGUACAAAUGAAACUCCAAUCAACCAAGCACUGAUGUGUUCCAAUGCCGGGGGCAUAGGCUUUGUGGCCGGCCUGUGCUCUGCGGUCAUUCAAGGACAUUUUUGUCUGUGAUUUUUGUUUUAUGAGCUGCCUUCGACAAUAACAAAGAUACAGUUUAGCCCUUACAGGCUGCAAUGGCGAGUUCUACUUGAAGGCAGAAUCUGAUCCAUGUGUGGCAGAAAUGAAACCUCCCAUACCGCUCAUUCUGCAGCCCCCCCGGCACUGUGCUGGAGGCUGGGGAAGAAGAAAUGAAGAUAGAAGCCUGUCCUCCAAGAGUGGGGCUCUGAACAGGCAAACAGAUGGCUCCACAACAGUGUGACAGAAAGUAAGCACAGACAAUGUGGGCUCCAAGUUCAGCCUAGGGACAUCUGGAAAACUUCAGCAUCUUCACAUUACAGGUCAGCUAUUCUCAGACUCCCAGAGGCC